CAUGAGAAUCGAGAAGAUGAAGGAACAGGUGAAGAUGAUGAUCGAGGAAGUUGCAAAUCCUUUGGAGAUAAUUGAUACGGUGCAAAGACUCGGACUAGCUCACCAUUUUGAGGAUGAAAUACAAAAAGCGCUAAAGUGCAUAUAUAGUAAUAACAAUAAAUGUACAAUUAUGAAACAAUCAGAUGAUUUGUACGCCACUGCUCUUGAAUUUAGACUCCUAAGACAGCAAGGUUACGACGCACCUCAAGAAGUUUUCAGUAGCUUCAAGGACGAGGAAGGAAAUUUCAGGGCAAGCCUUUGUGAUGAUCUGAAAGGACUUGUAUAUUUAUACGAAGCUUCAUACCUUUCAGUUCCGGGUGAGACUAUUUUGGAAGAGGCAAGAGAUUUUGCAUCCAAAAAUAUCCUGAAAUAUCUCAAUAAUAUCAGGGAUAGUUAUGAGCAAGAACAGAUAAUAAGUGGAGAGGAGCAUGUACAGGUGAUGUUGGCCAGACAUGCGAUGGAGCUCCCAUUGCGUUGGAGAAUGCAAAGUUUUGCAUCCAAAAAUAUCCUGAAAUAUCUCAAUAAUAUCAGGGAUAGUUAUGAGCAAGAACAGAUAAUAAGUGGAGAGGAGCAUGUACAGGUGAUGUUGGCCAGACAUGCGAUGGAGCUCCCAUUGCGUUGGAGAAUGCAAAGGGCAGACUGCAGGUGGUUCAUUGAUGUUUAUGAGAGUAGCCCUUCCAUGAACCCUACUCUUCUUCAUUUUGCAAAAUUGGAUUUUAACAUGGUUCAAGCUAUUCACCAGCAGGAUUUGAAGCAUGCUUUCAGUUGGUGGAAGAAGACAGGACUUGGUGAAAAGCUGGGUUUUGUCAGAGGCAGGCCAAUGGAGGUUUUUUUAUGGGCUGUUGGGGGGUUGUAUGAGCCCCAAUAUGCAUAUUUCAGGAGAAUAUUAACUCGAGUUGGUGCACUUGUAACCGUAGUUGAUGACAUUUAUGAUGUCUAUGGUACCUUCGAUGAGUUGCAACUAUUUUCAGAUGCUGUCGAAAGAUGGGAUAUCGACGCGAUGGAUCAACUUCCCCAGUAUAUGAAAAUAUGUUUCUUAACUUUGUAUAACUCCAUAAAUGAAAUAGUUCAAGAACUUCUAGUGAAUUAUGGACUCUCUGUCCUUCCUUAUCUAAAGAGAGAGUGGACAAAUUUAUGUAAAUCUUAUUUAUUGGAGGCCAAGUGGUAUCAUGAUGGAUAUACACCAACUCUGGAAGAAUAUCUACAAAAUGGAUUUAUAUCUAUUUCUGCUCCGUUACUAUUAGUUCAUGCAUAUUUUACUGUCACUGGUCAAAUAACAGAGGAGGUUUCAAAAUACUUAGAAGAAUACCCAGAUAUAAUUCGAUAUUCAUCUUUGAUCACGAGACUUGCAGAUGAUUUAGGAACAUCAUCGUAUGAACAAAAGAGAGGCGAUAAUUCAAAAUCAAUCCAAUGUUACAUGCAUGAAACUGAAAGUUCAGAAGAAGAAGCUCGCAAAUACAUACAUUAUUUGAUUGGUGAAACAUGGAAGAAGAUUAACGAAGAACAAAUUCGAAAUACUCAUUUAUCUCAAACUUUAAUGAAGAUGGGAAUAAACCUAGCGAGGAUGUCUCAAUGCAUGUAUCAACAUGGAGAUGGGUUUGGUGUUCAAAACGUGGAAACUAAAAAUUACAUUUUAUCAUUGCUUGUCCAACCAAUUUGUCUUUAAUGAAUGUACCGAUUUCUCUUUAUUUUACGUCAAUACAUAUAGAAUAAUUUGAAAACAUCUCAAAAAUAUUAUUAUAUAAAUACAUUUGUUGUGUAGUAA